AUGGCUGCGCCCUUGGAUAAAGUCAUGUGCGCUGUUAGCAGUCAAUUAUUUCGGUGGUUAAGACGAUGUCAUCCCGUUGGUGCACAGUUAAGAUCAUCAGUUUUCAACAGGACACCUGCAUUGCAAGCUGCCUUCUAUUCUUCAAGUCAGCAAGAGGAAAAAGAUCCAUUCCAAGUCUUUUUGCAUCGUGACAUCCAGAGACUACUUAGAAGGAUCACUGGUUUUGAUAUAAUGAAGAUCACUCAGCCUAAACCCACACCUCUCUCCAAACCAAAGUACAAGCUUUUGACAGAUGAAGAAUUGGAGCAGAUAGGACAAAAGGCACUGAGACGAGCCAAGCAGCGUCUACAGAUGCCCCCUUACAUGGGGAUGAGACAGCCCAUCACAGAAGUGUUGACACAAGAUCCAGAUCUGGAGGGAUUGGAGACAUCCAAACUGGUAUUCACAGACAUCACUUUUGGUGUGUCUGACAGGAGUCGUUUGAUUGUGGUCCGUGAUCCAAACGGAACUUUGAGAAAGGCAUCAUGGGAAGAACGAGACAAGAUCAACCAGAUCUACAAUCCUCGGGAAGGCAGGAUGCUGGUGAUGCCUCAGAUGUUCCUGGACGAAAACCUUGAGAAUUUAUUGAAGAAGAAGAAAUAUGCUUACAUUCUGGACAGAGCCUGUGUUCAGUUUGAGCCUGAUCACCCAGACUACAUCAGGAUAACUCACAGAUGUUACCAGUCUGUCCAUGAUCAGCGAGAUUAUGAUGAUCUCCGAUCUACAAGGCAUUUUGGACCAGUGGCCUUUCAUUUAGUCUGGAACAAACAGAUAGACUACCUGCUGAUUGACAUGCUGUUGAGAAACCUAGCUCAUGAUGCUGCUUACUUAGUCAACAUUUACCACCUUGUACAUACACAGUCAUCAUCCGCAGUUUACUGCAGAGAGAAUCAUGAAGAAGAUGUUAUCAAGGUGUACCUAGAACAUGAGUGUAAACACAAGGCGGAACUUGAACUGGCUAUCCAGAGUGUGGACCCAGAGAAGGCCAGGGCAGCCAAGGCGGAGGCCAUCAGGAGAUAUACCACGCUGUACCCAAGAAGUACGCCUGACCCUGUCACAACUGACGUGCAGUGAUUCAACAUCCAAACUGUUGAUGUGGAUAAUCUGAAUAACAAGUAUGCUGUACUGGGUGGAGAGUACUAUUCAUCUGUGCCAAGUUGACUCGUCACAACAGUCCAGUAGCUUUGUCAAGACUGCUGGACUGUGUUUGAGUCCAUUUAUGUCUAACUGGCUCCCAUAAAGGUUCCUGUGUGACUGUGAAUCUAAGUCAGGUGUAUUACAAGUCUACAUAUGGAAAAUCACCUUGAUAAAGGCUUAGAGAGGUCAUUCCAAUGAUUUGGAUCGAGUUUGCAUGAAAACUAUCUGGAUUGUAUAUGCCUGUGUAUGUGUUAUAUUAUAGGAAAUAAGUUAAU